ACACCCCAAAGGGUCUGGUAGCAGGGUCCUACACAUUCCCUGGUUUCCAUUCCAUGUGUACGUUUUCUUAUGGUCAGCAAGCAUUUUUUAAAACCCAGCGCAGCAAGGUUUCAGCAGAAAACCCAAGUUUUCCCCGGCACCAAUCCUUCUCCUCGUCAAACUCUUCUUCUCCGCCGUCGCCACCGCUUCCCGCUGUUCUCUCUCUCUCUCUCCCCUAUACAGCAGCGAGAUAAACCCUUUCUCUCGGUCUUCUUUCUCUCCACAGUAUUUUUCGAUUCACUGAGUCUUGGCGGUUUAGCAUGAUUGAGGUUUCGUUUCUGGGCGCUUCGUUCAGUAAUCCCGCGGCGUUUGGGGCAGUCAGAGCUUUCUUUCUAUGUACGAGUUUGUGUAUGCCAUAACAUACUCUUCUCUCAUUUCCUCUACUCUUGAACUCCAUUUUUUUGGUCGCUUUGUGGACUUCUCCUUUUCUCCUUCUUUUGAUGGUUUCCAAUUCCAGGGUUAGAUAGUUUCGCUGUUCUCUAUAAUGGUCCUGAGUUCGUUUCCAAGAAAAGGGCCUGUUGUGUUAAACUUUUUUUCAAAAAAUAGGUUUGCUUUUGUGAGCAUUGGUACGAGUAAUUGCGCUGAUGAGGGUCUAUUGAUGGUUUCCAAUUCCAGGGUUAGAUAGUUUCGCUGUUCUCUAUAAUGGUCCUGAGUUCGUUUCCGAGAAAGGGUCUGUUGUGUUCAUCUUUUUUCAAAAAAUAGGUUUGCUUUUGUGAGCAUUGGUACGAGUAAUUGCGCUGAUGAGGGUCUAUUAGCGUCUUCUUCUUGAAUUUAGAGGGCUAUUGAAGCCCUUCUUAAUAUAAUCCCUCCGUAAUUGAGUGUCUUCUCGACAAACGCUCUUCUCAACAUUGGUUUUUUGGGUUUAGGAAGAGCAGAUAAGAUUGUCUCCUUUGAUUCAUUAAGUUGUUUUUACUUGAAUUUUUGGCUGCUUUUGGUAUAUAUUGUACGGAGAGAACAAACCAAAGUUAUCGCCAACAAAGUGGAUUUUGAUUUCAGGAGUAACUAGGGUCUGGCAAUUUUGUUUGACGGUGUUGUUGACUUGGAGCGCUUGCAAAUGAGUGUUGUUGUUGAGGGAAAGUGAAAUUAUGGUGAUAGCAUAUUCAUAUAUGAAGAAAACAUAGUUGUUUCUUUAGAAAUCUGUGGAACUGAGGUAUAGUGGGAGGGAAAGAAAAAGUUUUUUUUUUUUUUGAAUUUUAUUUUAAAAUUAUAUGUGAUCAUGUUCGGCACUAGUUAUGGAAAGAAGUGAGCCUGUAUUGGUUCCAGAAUGGUUGAAAAGCGGCGGAAAUGUAUCUGGUGUGGGUGGCAGUGCAAGCCACCAAAUUGCAUCUUCUUCAUCGCAGUCAGAUGAUCAAGCUGUUUCAAAACCUGCAAGGAGUAAAUCCUCUUCAAUCAGCAGUGGUCAUGAUAUAGGUCAUUCAAUUUCAGAUAGAACUCCAUCUUCAUAUUUGCGCUGGAGUUCUAGUAGUAAUGGCUCUUCGAGCACACAAUCUUAUAGUAGUUUUGGUAGAAGUUACCACAACAGGGACCGGAAGAAGGACAUUCGUGACUACCGUGUCAAAGACAAGUCAAUAUUGGGUGACCUCAGGCACUGCGACUAUUCUGAUAAAGUGGGCAACAUUUGGCCAAUUAGGUCUGAGAAGGAUGUGUUAAGUUGCACACAGUCAAUUUCUGGGAAACAGGGUGAAAUGUGGCCAAGAAAAGUGACAGCUGACUUGAGCAAUGUUGUUAAAGCCCCACACAGCAAUGGCAAUUGUUUGAUUAAUGGGGAUAGUAUUGUUAGCACCAUGCACAAGGCUGCAUUUGAGAGGGACUUUCCAUCACUUGUGGCUGAAGAUAGAAAAGGAGCUUCAGAAAUGGGAAGAGUGCCAUCUCCAAGCUUGAGUACUGCCAUAAAGAGCUUGCCCAUGGGUAGUUUGGCUGCAAUUGGUGGUGAUGGCUGGACCUCGGCGUUGGCUGAGGUUCCGUUGAUAAUUGGAAACAAUAGCACGUUUAUCUCACAGGUUCAAAAUACUGUUUCUGCAAAUUCUUCUUCUAGUACUUCAAGCAUGACACCUGGACUCAAUAUGGCUGAAACACUGGCUCAGCGUCCUUGUUCUCGCACGAUUCCUGAGGUGCUCAAUCCCUUGGAGAAGCCAAAACCUAAAGUUGGGCAGCAGCAGCUUCAGAUGUAUUCACACCUUGUCAGUCACUCUGCACGAAGCACGCCUUCAAAAUCUGAUGCUCUGAAGACAUCUAAUGUUGGGAAGCUUCACAUCCUCAAACCGGCUCGAGAAAGGAAUGGUGUCAUGUCAACUGCAAAAGACAGCUUGGGCCCUACAAAUGGCAGCAAAGGAGUAAGUGGCCCCUUUUCUGUUGCCCCUUUAGUUGCUGUUUCUCCUGCUUUAAGUGCCCCAAACCUUGCCAAUUCUGAGUGUAAGCUAGCCAUUACCCCUGCUGUGGAGAAAAGACUCACAUCGCAAGUCCAGAGCCGGAAUGAUUUCUUUAAUCUCAUGAGGAAAAAAAAUUCUGUGAAUAGCCCGUCUGCUACCCUUAAUCAUGGCAAUGUUGUAUCAUCAGCCGUCUUGGAGAAGUCUGAUGAUUUCACUGUGGAAGCUGCCACCUCUCCUGUCACUCGGUUUGGAGAUGGCUCCUCAUUGGCUACCACUGGUGAAGUUUCUACUGAGAGUAGGGAUGUUAUGACCAACAAUGGUGAUGCCACUGGUGGGUAUCAGAAAUUCCUCAACAACAGUAGGUUGCAUCCAAGCUCUGAUGCAACUUGUUAUCCGGAGGAGGAAGAGGCUGCAUUUCUACGUUCACUUGGGUGGGAGGAAAAUGCAGGGGAGGAUGAAGGCCUUACAGAGGAGGAGAUCAAUUCUUUCUUCAAGCAGCACAUGAUGUUGAGAUCCUCCUCAAAGCUUCUCAAAGGAAUGCAGUUAAGGAUUUCAGUGCAGCUCAAAGCACAAGGUGGUGGGUCAGGCAAUUCAUCUGGAUCAAGCUUAUCUAUCCCCAGUUCAGAAUCCUGAUUGAUUUUUUUGGGGGGGCGGGGGGUAGUUUCUUUAAUUGAAAUUUGGAGUUGGAAAACAAGAGGGUAGGUGAAUCUUGGAAGAGGUUGCAUAGGGGCGCCAUUGUUGCUGGAAGCAAAUAUGCAAUAAGUUAGGAUGGUCCAGUUGCCAGGACAAUUUGAGCUGUGUUUUUUCCACCUUAUAAGUCAGGAUUUUUCUGAUGUUUAAUGAUUAUUAAGAGGGUAGGAAUGCGUUUUAUUUUGUUAUGCAAUUGCAAUGUGCUGCUCACGAAAA